AUGGCGGAGUUUGUGCGCGCCCAGAUUUUUGGUACCACCUUCGAGAUCACGAGCAGGUAUACCGACUUGCAACCCGUUGGUAUGGGCGCAUUUGGCCUGGUGUGCUCAGCCAAAGACCAACUCACCGCCCAGAAUGUUGCCGUUAAGAAGAUCAUGAAACCAUUCAGUACUCCAGUCUUGUCCAAACGCACCUACCGGGAAUUGAAGUUGCUCAAGCACAUAAGACACGAGAAUGUGAUCAGCCUGAGUGACAUCUUUAUCUCUCCCCUCGAAGAUAUCUACUUCGUAACCGAGCUCCUCGGCACCGACCUCCAUCGCCUCCUCACCUCAAGACCUCUCGAGAAACAAUUCAUUCAAUACUUCCUAUACCAGAUCCUGCGCGGACUCAAAUACGUUCACUCGGCUGGAGUGGUGCACAGAGACCUCAAGCCUAGCAAUAUUCUCAUCAAUGAGAAUUGUGACCUGAAGAUCUGUGAUUUUGGACUUGCUCGAAUCCAAGACCCUCAAAUGACGGGCUACGUCUCCACAAGAUACUACAGAGCUCCCGAGAUCAUGCUCACAUGGCAGAAAUACGAUGCAGAAGUGGAUGUAUGGAGCGCGGCAUGCAUAUUCGCAGAGAUGUUGGAAGGAAAGCCCUUGUUCCCUGGGAAGGACCAUGUGAAUCAGUUCUCGAUCAUCACCGAGCUUCUGGGAACACCGCCGGACGAUGUCAUCAAAACAAUUGGGAGCGAGAACACCCUCCGAUUCGUUCAGUCAUUACCGAAGCGCGAGCGUCAACCGCUUGUGAAUAAGUUCAAGAAUGCAGACCCUCUAGCUAUUGAUCUCCUUGAAAAGAUGCUCGUCUUUGACCCGAGAACGCGCAUCAAAGCAGGGGAUGGCCUUGCACACGAAUAUCUCGCACCUUACCAUGACCCAACCGACGAGCCCGUUGCGGAGGCUGCGUUUGACUGGUCUUUCAACGACGCUGAUCUGCCAGUGGAUCAGUGGAAAGUGAUGAUGUACACGCUUAUCCAGGAAUUGUUUGAAGAAGGGCUUUGA